AUGGAAAGCGAAACGCUAUUUUCGUUGGAAGUGGUCGUUGAGGAAGUGUGUGUGUUGUCAUCAGCAACCCCGUGUCGGUUGCCAGCUAUAGCUUUCAGACUCCUGGAUUUCCCAACUCUGGUUAUACAUCACAUAGAAACAGACAUGGCUCAAACAAUCAAGACUAAACUCAGCAUGGACCCGACGAUAGAAGUGCCACCCCAGCUCAGCGAACUGAAAGACAGGUGGGGAAUUUUCAACGUAAACAAGGGCAAAUCUUGUCUGUUUAAGAUUGACGUUGAUACACUUAGCGCUCACCUUGACAAUACACCGUUAUACAUGAUGUUAAUCGAUAUGUGGCCAAGUAUACCAAAGUUAGUUGGCAACAGUACCAUUCCUUUAAAUACGACCAUGAAGAAGAUUUGCAGCGACAUCGAAAAAGUUGGCAUCAAUGUGCCCUCAGUCCAGGGUGAGAAAGGCAGAUACAAACUGUAUAAUCUUAUGUCAUCAGAAAUAGGUUAUAUCACAAUGGGUUACAGAUUACUGAGUCUUGGACCUGGUCUCAUGCAACACAUUCCUGAUAAAGCUAUCAUGAGAGCAGGUGUUACAGCAAAGAGAGCAGCUAGUCCUGAAGCUGAGAAGGUCAAAGCAGCUGCUGACAUUGUACUUGAAGAUAUCCAAACACCUAUGCAGAGAACAGCAUUAGUUAUAUCAAAGGUUGAUGAACAGUCACAGAUAAAAGCUGAAGUAAAACCUGUCAUGACUCAAACAGAAAAACGAACAAAGAUUCCACGUCGUGUGCAGUUCAUUCCUGAUGAUGAGUUUCAUGUAGCUGAUAUGAUCUGUCCCCCACCAUUGUAUUUUAACUCACAAGCAGAAGAAGCAGAUGAGGUAACCAAAGUACAUCCAUUGAAAGAUGUGACCAGUACCCCCUUGUGGUAUGAUGGUGAUGACAUUUCAGAUACUGAGAGUGUAGUUAGUGAUAUUUCUGGUAUCGCUGUCAUUGAAUCUCACUACAAGUAUAAAGAAACCCAAACACCACCAGUGUCUAGUGUUAGAAAAACUAGGCAUGCAUGGGGUGAAAAAAAGAAACCUUUAAGACAGACUUCCAUGCCACGACAACCAGUACAACCCCAGGCUGUAGCACCAGAAACUCUUCCACUGUUGAAUGCGUUAAUGCAAGAAAUUUCACGUUUACAAGUAGUGCAAUCAUCUGCACAGGAGGUGUCACCUGUGAAACCUGCACCUAUCGGUUUUGUUAGACCUCCUACCAGAGGAAAAGAAAAUGUAAAGUCUCGUAUUAAGUUAGCUACCCCAAAACAGCCACCCAGAGAACGUCACAAACACAAGAAAUGCGCACAGUUGCCUGGCAGGGUUCCUCCACAUGUUGGUUGGUUGAGACAAGAACCACUGUAUGGUAUGAAAAAAACAAAACUUAUGUAUGGAAUGACUAACACUCAACGAUUAAGAUUACAGAAAAAUAAUCCAGAACUAUUUAAACAUUUAGAAGAGCGGGAAGUGAGACAAAAUGAAUGGUACAGUGAUGCUGGUGACAGUUCAGUGAACAAACCAACAAUUGCAGAUAACAACCUACCACUUGGUAAAACAAGAACUUUACACUUGGAACAACCACAGUCACCAAAGAGGAAACCUGUACCCACACCGAGAAUGUCAGUUGAAAUGAUUGCUGAGAAGAAAGAAACAACAGGAGUACAGUCAGAACGAGUUGAACAUAUAGAUCUUAAAGAACUUGUGGCUGUUGGCAAAGAAAUUGAAAGAAGCCAGAGUGGUAGCUCCAGUAACCGAAGUACUAAAAGUAUUGAAGUUCAUAUUCCAUCAGUGUCGGUUGAUGCAUCAGAUCAACUCACUGAUGUCAGCUCUGUUGUAUCAGAGCAGUCCGAUGACGAGUUCAGACCAAACCAACCCGGAUUCCCACAUGAUAGUGAUAAUGAUGAGCAUGGGGAUGUCAAAGACAACCAAUCAGAAAGGUAUUCAGAGGAUUUUGAAGAAUCGCAAGAGGAGAUUUCUGGAUCUGAAAGAAGCCAUGAAUUGCUUUCAUCAAGUCAAAGAUCAUCUAGUGCUUCAUAUCAUUCACAAAGAUCUUCCACAUCAGAACGAUCCGUUGGCAGUAGCAGAAGUGAGUCUGACCUUAGUGAUAUUGGUACUGGAUAUCAGCCGAGCGUACCAAUGCCAUCCCUCUCUGCCAAGUCACCUGUACGUAUGCCUAAGACCAUCGCAAAAGGCAUUGCAACUUAUCAACCUGUUACAUCCACACCCACUACAGAGGAAAACAAAAAGGACAGUCAUCUAGACAGCAGUGAAUACAGGACAGUCAGUUCUUACUCUGAAUUGAAACUUUCAGAUGAUGCAUUCUAA